CCUUUUCUUGAACCUCUAUUAUUAUUAUUAUUGCCAAUCCCACAAAAUAUCACCUUUUCAACUCUCAUAAACUCAUAAUUUUCAUUACACAAGUCCUCAAGAUAUGGAAGUAGUAGACAGCAAAGCCCCGACAAAAAUGGGGUUUGAAGAGACUGAACUGAGAUUAGGGUUACCAGGAAACUCAAAAACUGCUGAAGCUGAAGUUGUCCGAAAGAGAGGCUUCUCUGAAACAGUAGAUUUGAAGCUCAAUCUCUCUUCUAAGGAUUCGAAUGACACCAAGUCUUCAAAUCUUGUCAGUGCAGCUGAUCCAGCUAAGCCUCCUGCUAAGGCACAAGUGGUGGGUUGGCCUCCAGUCCGAUCGUUCCGAAAGAACUUGGUAGCUGUGCAGAAGAGCAGCAAUGAGGAGAGUUCUGGUCUGAACCCUAGCUUUGUGAAGGUGAGCAUGGACGGAGCGCCUUAUCUCCGAAAAGUGGAUUUGAAGAUGUACAAGAGCUACCAGGAACUCUCCGAUGCCCUAGCCAACAUGUUCAGCUCCUUCACCAUAGGAAAUUGUGGAUCACAAGGAAUGAAAGAUUUUCUGAACGAGAGCAAGCUGAUUGAUCUUCUUAAUGGAACUGACUAUGUUCCAACUUAUGAAGACAAGGACGGUGACUGGAUGCUUGUCGGAGAUGUCCCAUGGGAGAUGUUUGUUGAAUCAUGCAAGCGUCUCCGCAUAAUGAAAGGAACUGAAGCCACUGGACUUGCACCAAGAGCAAUGGAGAAACGCAAGAACAGAAGCUAAAGUAGAGGUCAACCAGAUCCUGCUCCUUUGAUCUAGCAGUGUGAACAGAUGGAUUGAGCAGGUUGUUAGGGUUGUUUCUGUAUUAUUAAUGUUAUUAAUAUACUAUAAUAUAUGGUUUGUUUUAUAAAUAUGAUAUUGCUGAGUGUUAAUUAUUGUGGAGACAAGAACAAUAAUGACUGUUUUUGAGUUCUAAGACUCGGUUUGUUUAAUUAGUGUCAAUGGUUUGCUUGUAAUAAUUUAUUUAAUGUACCCGUUUUAUUGUAGUUUA